AUGAGAAGAUGGGAUGCCUCCGAGUCCGCUGCGAGUAACCUGCGAGCCAUAUUGCUAAGCUCGGUGGGCAGUAAGACGUACAGUCUGAUGAGGAACUUAUUAAGUCCGGAUAAACCGGGGGACAAAUCGUUCACAGAGUUGACGAGUUUACUUCAGUCACAUUAUAAUCCGAAGCCGAGUGCAAUAGUCCAGAGGUUCAAGUUAAAUUCAAGGACUAGAAUGGCUAAUGAAACGGUAAUGGAGUAUGUCGCAGUGUUGAGGGAACUGGCACAACAUUGUGAUUAUGGGGACAGACGGACCGAAAUGCUACGAGAUAGGCUCGUAUGUGGCAUUGCAGACGACCGCAUACAACGCAGAUUGUUAGCGGAGCCUGACUUGUCGUUUGAAAAGGCUUUGAAGUUGGCACAGGCCAUAGAGACAGCGACUAAAGACAUUCGUGAUUUACAACAGAAAACCACGGAAGGGGUUGGAAGCAGGAGUGCGACCCCACUACCGGUGCAUAAAGUGGUUAUGGAGCAUAAUUCACAAGGAAAGUCUGGUCAGUAUGCUUGUUACAGGUGUGGAGGUGAACAUUUGUCACGGAACUGUCGUUUUUUAACUGUAAAAUGUCAUGCUUGCGGGAAAAAGGGCCAUGUAAAGAAAAUGUGCCGCUCAAUACCCUCUCGGGAUCAGCCGAAAAAGGGGGAGGAAAAAAGCAUGUCACAGUCCUGUCAAAGGCAGAGUAUGGGAAGUUAUGGCCUAGAGAAGCUCAAACCCCGUCCUGUACCAUAUGCGAUGAAGAAGAAAGUUGAGUUUGAGUUAGAGAGACUCACUAAGCAAGGUAUAAUUGAACCAGUAAAGUUUGCGGAAUGGGCAGCACCAAUUGUUCCAGUAUUAAAGCCAGAUGGUACUGUUCGUAUAUGUGGUGACUACAAGUUAACAGUGAACCAAGUCUCGAAGCUGGAGCAGUAUCCUUUGCCCAAGGUGGAGGAUGUGUUUGAAAAGUUGUCGGGAGGUGAAAGGUUUAGUAAACUGGACCUCAGUCAGGCAUAUCAACAAGUAGUGCUGGAAGAAGGGUCAAAGACGUAUGUUACCCUGAACACACACAAAGGUUUGUUCCAAGUCAAUCGUUUACCUUUUGGGGUUUCCUCGAGUCCAGCUAUUUUUCAGAGAAUAAUGGAGGGACUAGUGGCAGGAAUUCCAAAGGUAGCUGUGUAUUUAGACGAUAUCCUGUUGACGGGUAGGAAUAUCCGAGAGCAUCUGGAGACGCUGAAUGAGGUGCUGAGUCAACUGCGAGAGGCAGGUUUACGGGUGAAACGGAGUAAAUGUGCUUUCAUGGCAACGGAAGCAGAAUUCCUGGGCUACAAGGUGGAUGCAUCAGGCCUACACCCCCUGCCAAAUAAAGUGGAAGCCAUUCAACAGGCACCAGCACCCACAAAUGUUACAGAACUGAAAGCCUAUUUAGGCUUACUCAACUAUUAUAACAGGUUCCUGCCAAAUCUGUCAACACUGUUAGCUCCUUUACAUAAGUUGUUAAGGAAGGAGGCUCAAUGGUCGUGGAAAAAGGAACAGGACAGAGCAUUUGAAAAGUCAAAGGAACUAAUGCAAUCUUCAGAGGUUUUGGUGCAUUACGAUAGUCACAAGGACUUAAUUUUGUCAUGUGAUGCCUCACCCUAUGGAUUAGGGGCUGUGUUGGCACACCGGAUGCCAGAUGGACAAGAGAGACCCAUUGGGUUCAUGUCACGAACUUUGACACAAGCGGAGUCAAACUAUUCUCAGAUAGAUAAAGAAGGUUUAGCUGUGAUGUUUGGAAUCAAGCGAUUUCACAAAUACCUCUAUGGGAGGAAGUUUACUAUUUGCACGGAUCAUAAGCCUUUGUUGUCAUUGUUCAACGAGAUGAAGGCAGUGCCGCAGAUGGUUUCUCCUCGCAUUCAGAGAUGGGCUGUAACGUUGAGAGCUUAUGAAUACGAGAUUGUUUAUAAGCCUGGAAAACACCAUGGUAAUGCAGACGCAUUAAGUCGUUUGCCGAUGCCAGGGCCUAUCCAAGAAGAGGAAGUGGAGGACCGAGUUUUGAUGAUGGAAGACAUAACGUUGGUGUCUGCUAAGGAACUGAGAGUUUGGACACACAAAGAUCCGGUGCUUGCUAGAGUGUUUCAGUGGGUCCAGCAAGGCUGGCCAGUUCAACAAACGGAUCCAGUUUUUCGACCUUAUGAAGUGAGAAAAACAGAGCUGAGUGUGCAAGAUGGAUGUGUCUUGUGGGGGGCACGAGUGAUAAUUCCAUCCCCAGGAAGAAGGGCACUUUUACAGCAGUUGCACCAAGGUCAUGUGGGCAUUACCCGAAUGAAGGCCUUAGCCCGAAGUUAUUUUUGGUGGCCCAAGUUGGACCACGAGAUUGAAGUCGUUGUGAAUGAGUGUAAAACAUGUCAACAAAAUCGCAACUUGCCGGUGGCGGCGCCACUACAUCCAUGGGAGUGGCCGAGUAGACCUUGGCAGAGACUUCAUAUAGACUAUGCAGGACCAUUCAUGGGGGCCAUGUUUUUGAUAAUCAUGGAUGCUCAUUCGAAAUGGAUGGAUGCCUAUCAAGUCAAGACACCCACUUCUCUCGUUACCAUUGAAUGCUUGAGGAGGAGUUUCAGUAGUCAAGGACUGCCUGAGACUAUUGUAUCCGAUAAUGCUUCAUGUUUCACGAGUGAAGAGUUCAAGGGUUUUCUGAGAAAAAAUGGAAUCGUACAUAUUACAUCAGCACCCUACCAUACAGCUACAAAUGGUUGUGCUGAAAGAGCUGUUCAGACUUUUAAAGCAAUGAUGAAAAAGUCUGGGGAAGGAAGUUUAGCAGCAAAAGUAUCAAGGGUGUUAUUCAACUACCGUAUUACACCACAAUCUACCACGGGUUUGUCACCUGCCGAGAUGUUGCAAGGACGUAGAUUGAGAUCCACGUUGGAUCUAGUGUAUCCAAAUGUCCGAGCUAAGGUGGAGGGGACCCAGUGGAGGCAAAAAGAGUGUCAUGAUAGACGACGGAGAGAGCGAAGUUUUCUGGAAGGAGAUGCAGUGAUGACGCGAAAUUUCAGUUAUGGACCUAAGUGGAUUCCAGGGUUCAUUGUCAAGAGUACUGGACCAUUGUCGUACCAGGUGAGAUUGAAUGGAGAUUUCUUGGUAAAGAGACAUGUAGACCAAAUUCUACGGAGCGAACAGAAGAAGGAUGCCAUGGAACUGCUGGCCUCGGAACUAUCGUUAAGUUCGGAACCAGGGCUCGCAGUGGCAGGAGGAUCGCAAAUUGAGGGAGACCGCCAGAACGUGGAAGGAGAGGUUUCUGAAGAUCCAACCGUUCCAGGGAAGGACACACCGAUACCUGAAGUGGUAAAAGUGACACCAGAGUCACCUAAGGUGGUACCACUGCGCCGUUCUAAGCGUGUGCUGAGCUGGUGUUGGGAGGACUAUAUUGGACCUGAAAUUUUCGUGAGAAAGUUGAACCUGUCACUGUUGCUGGGUGAUUCCCAAAAACGCAAGAACCCUUACCAUAUACCAAGUACUUAUAAUCCGCCAUUGCUCCCAGCUGUCAGAAUUUUUGAACAAUUGUGUGAUCUUGACAUCUGCCACCUCCUCAAUUCAAGGCGCCAGGCUCAUUUUAAUAUCACUAAGAAAGAGAGGGCCUUGUUAGAGGCACUCAGGUUUACAUCAGUUAUACUUAUGCAACCCGAUAAGGGAGGGGGAUUGGUGGCUAUGGAUAUGAAUGACUACAAUGACAGGAUGCUGGCUAUUUUAUCUUCUGAUACUUACCAGGAGGUUUCUAAGAAUGAAUUGAACCUUAGUUUGUGCCACAUCCGGUCAUAUUUUGAGGAGAUGUUCAUCAAUGGCGUCAUGGAUGUGGAUGUAUACAAUUUCGUUUCUGUGGUAUCACCUAAAAUUCCAGUCUUGUUUGGGAACCCCAAGAUACAUAAGAACAUCUAUGAUCCACCUAUGCGGCAACUGGUCAGUGCCAGGGGAAGCAUCACGUAUGCAGCGGCCAAAGUGGUGGAUGAGAUUCUCAAGAAGUAUGUGGACAGAGUCCAAUACAUUUCGAGAGAUUCUUGGGCAUUUUUGGAAAAAGUGGGUUCUGUUCCAUUUAAUGCUGAUUGUAUUCUCUUGACCAUUGAUGUUGUUGACCUGUAUUCAUCUAUCCCCCAUUUGGAGGCGGUUGAGUGGAUCCAGUUGGAAAUGGUUUUCCACCAUGCUCCUGCAGAAGAAGUUAUGAUGGUCAGCGAACUAUUGGAGGUUAUUCUUACCAGCAACUUUUUUACAUUUAAUCACCAGCGGUUCCACCAAUUGAUUGGAGUCCCUAUGGGAUCACCCUGUGGAGCCAGUGUGGCCAAUUUAGUCAUGGCCCACUGGGAGAGGGUGUUUGUUUUAUCUAAUUCUUUAGUCCAAGAGAAAGUAGCAUUAUACACUAGAUUCUUGGAUGACAUUUUUGUCAUCUUCAUUGGUUCUCUAGAUGAUGUUAAUAACUUGGUGUCAUUUUUUAACGGCUCGACAGAAUUUUUGAAAUUCACAUCUGAGUUUGCCUUUGACAAGAUUACCUUCUUGGACGUGGAACUAGAGAAAGAUAGGAGCCUUAAUCGCUUCAUGGCCAGCAUACAUUGGAAGUCGACCUUCUUGAAUUCUUACUUACAUUUUGACAGCGAACACCCAUUACAUCAAAAGAGGGCUAUUGUGAAAGGCCAAUUUGUCCGAGCAGCCUGCAUGACAUCAGAAGAUAAGAAAUUUCAUGAGGAGUGCAAGUUCAUCUUUGGCAUGUUCAUCAGCAGAGGGUACCCAGCCGAUUUUGUCGCAGAAUUGAGUUUGGAAGUGCAGGGGAAGAGGGCCAAUGGCCACUUCCACCCCAUUUUGGGGAAUAUGGAGGAUGGAUCUUUAAAUUUACCUCGCCUCGUCAGUGAGUCUGAUACUUUCAAUUGCACUUUUGUAAUUUCAUUCAACUUGGAUGCAAUGGACAUUGUGUCCAUUAUAAAGAAAAAUUGGUGCUUAUUAACCACCGAGUCAAUAGGAGCAUUUGGACUAUUAUCACCCCCUAAGAAGAAAACUGCUGAUGGCUGCUUCAUCCUGGAUCUUCCAGAUGACCCUUCUAGCAGCCCUGGUUCAGGUUCAGACUCACAAGGUGCACAGAUGGACAUCUUGCUCUAUGCCAAUGGACUAGCCUUCUAUGAGAUUUGCUGCAUCUGUGCACUAACAGUAGGCAUAUAA